AUAACUGCGUCAACGAUGAUUAACAACACAAAUCUCGACGUACAUAUUCGUGUCCCUCGCAACAUACUAUGUCAAACGCAUGCGUGUUACAAGAACGGCUAUAAAAGAGUAGGGAGUUACAAGAACGACAACAGAAGAAGCGUAAGAGGCGCACGUCGGCGAGGCAGGAGCGAGUCGAGGGCCUCGAUUUUCAUUAUUCAUCAGGUCUGGUAAUGCCGAAAUCACAUCUGCGGGCGUGGAUUAUGGGCGCCGCAAUCCCUCAAUGGGCGUGCGGCUUGGGAUCGAUCGUGGUGUGUCUGUUUGUAUUAACGCAGCCUGUCUUCAGCAUAAGGCCAGCAUGGUGGACCGAGGCAGAAGUUGGGCUCCAAAGCCGCCAAUCCGCUGAAAUUUAAGUUCUCUCGAGCUCCCCACCUCCGCAUCGCCGCCGAGUCCUGGCCCCCGCACGUGCAGGUGCAGAAGGUCGAGGCGGAAGGAGGCCAGCUGGUCACGAGAGCAGCUGGGCCAAUGGCGAACUUCCUUGACGUUCUUGCGAAGUCUCUGAACUUCACGUACAGCGUGGUACUGGGCGACGGGUAUUGGGGAGCGCCAGAUGCUAAUGGGACCUGGAACGGAAUGAUAGGGAUGUUGCUGAGGGAGGAGGCUGACUUCGGCCUGGGUCCGUUCGGGAUGACGCAUGCGCGAAGCGAGGUGGUGGACUUCACGAUGCCCAUCUUCAGAGAGGUCCUGCACAUCCUAGUAUCCCGACCCCGGCCUGAACCCGACCCCUGGGGUUUCCUUGCCCCCCUCUCGUGGCACGUCUGGGUGGCACUAGCACUGUCAUGCCUCGUGAUUGCUGUCGUGGCUGUGUCGGUGGUGUGGACCCUUGGCUUCGGCGGCCCUUCGAGCAUCCAGCAGCAUCUGUGGGCUGUUUACCGCAUCUUCUUAUCCCAGACUCUGACGUGGGUGCCAGCAGGCUUGUCGCUCCGUGUUACCCUCUGGCUUUGGCUUACCACCGUCCUGGUCGUGAUGCGGAGUUACAGCGGUGCUCUGACGUCGCUGUUGGCUGUUCGGACGGUGCCCAUCAAGUACGACUCCCUGGAAGACGUGUUGAAGGAUUCUAGCAUCACAUUGCUUUUGGAAGGAUCAACUGCUCUCACCGGUCACCUGCAGACGGCGAAUGAGGGCUUGUAUGGACAGCUCGCCGAGGCCGUUCGAACGCGCGGCAGGACAAUCCGAGCAAGCAGGAUGCAGGAGGAGGCCUACGCGCACAUCCCCCACGGGCGCCACGCCAUGUUUCUGGAGGCUGUGGGUUGUAACAAAGUCUAUUCGGACCACUUUAGUAGGACAGGGCAGUGUGAUUUCUACAUGUCGCGAGGAGUAUUCUGGAAGCUUUUCUACGCUCUCGUUGUACCGAAGGACAGUCCUCUCCGGGAACUCAUCAACGCUAGGAUUUUGGCUCUGCGGGAAUUUGGCAUUUACGAACGCUGGGCGCUGGAUCAAGUGCCCAACAGAACUCACUGCCUCAAACUUCCCACGAAACUCAAGCUUCAGGAACCCUACAGCCUGCUAGGCCUUUGGUCUUUGCAGUCUUCGGGACGGGCAUGGCAAUCGCUGUCAUCGCUUUCGGCCUCGAGUUAAUCACCAGUUCGCUCGGACUUCAGGAAAGAGACUGAAGGAGAUUUGACAGGAGCGUCGGGGAGACAACUGGGUGAAUCGGCGAGGACUUUGCAGCAUGUUUUUUUUUUUUUUUUUCUUUGUUUUUGUCUUUUUAGUUUUUGAUCUUUAUUGAUUUAUCUGUUUCUCUCUGUCUCUGUGUGACUGGGUCUUUCUCUGUCUCUGUCUG